UCAAUCGAUGUUCAAGUGGGACACGCACUGGGUAUAUUGGCAUAUGAUGUAAAGAUUUUGCAAGUUUAUUUUACUUUGUCGAGGACUUUAAACAUUGAAGUUUCGAAAUAACAAUUAAGUGAAUAUCUCAGUGUUCCAGAUGGGUGCAGGAGGCGGUCGUCCAAUAAACCCUCACACCGGCCAGGUGGGCGGAUACAUUUUACCGGGACCAGGGGGAUACUACACCGGUCAUACGCCAUUCCAAAUCGUGCCAGGCACAGUUGACACCGGCAACGUACCACAGAAAUGUCCGAAUUGUAAAAAUAUUCCGGUCAAUCAUUGUGGCCAUGCUUACCAAUACCUCACGCACUACUGCACUGAAAAUGGAUUCAACAUUACGAAUAGCACAACGUUUCAAGGCUAUGGUGCCCCGAACAUGACCAUUACCAGAUACCCAAACGGUAUGGUUUGCCAGUCGGCCUUAAAUAUGGGCCAGCAGUCAAUGUUCAUGACCGGUUCUUCAAUGUACAUGACCAAUGCCAACCCACAACCGUCGAAUUACAGUCCUGCGCCGACCUUUGCCCCUCCUCCGGCGUAUUCAAAGAAACAUCCUGCGCCGACCUUUGCACCACCUCCGGCACAUUCUAAGAAACCUCCUGUGCCGACCAUUGAACCAAAUCCGUUUAAUACCAACGACCAUCCUCCUCCGUACCAAGGAUCCAUACCACCAUCAGCCACUUACAAAAUGUAAGAUUGUUGAUGAACACAGACGUUGAUGUGACUCGUCAAGUUUUAGCGGUGAAUGUAAUGUCAUGAUGCGGUGAAGUUUUUAUAACAUUUGAUUGUGGUAUUUAUUUACAUGUUGUCGGUUUUAAUUUGACUAACGCUAAUAAUACAACUCUAAAGUUAUAGGUUUUAUUCUGUAAAUAAUAGUAAGUCGUGUUAAAACAACAAAUCAUUAAUUAAACCUUAACCAUUAAUUGCUUUAUACAAUGCAGUGCCAUAAUUAUUUCUGGUUAUCGUUAAUAAAAGUACUCAUAGUGUUAUCUCCUUCUAUUACUUCAUUGUUUUUUUUCUCUCAUUUUUCCAUUUGUUCAUGUAAUAACAAAAUAAAUUGAAAUGCUUUUGUAGAAAUUACAUGUAUAUAGUGUUGUUAAAAUUAUUAACCGGUGAAAUGAUACUUAACUUUUUUCAUUUCAUUAGUAUUAGACCACGUGAUUGUUGCUUCAAUUUUAUAAAUCAUAUCACCGAUAUGAGUGUGUCUCCGUAUAAUUAAAUAUUAUCCUGGAAAUAAAAUUAUUUUUUCAUA